AUGCCAGCGCGCUCUUCUUGCUGUGCCUUCGUCUCUCUGCCUCUGCCUAAAGAAGAUCCUUACUUUCCUUCAAGUUGCAAUUAUAAGGCGACUUCAUUUGAGAUCCUGAUCGCCUCCUUUUUGAAGAUAUUUGUUGACUGACUUGGCGCGUGGGUGUUGUGAUCGGCGGACGGCACUGCUUGAGGAUGUUUUGAACGGC